AUGAACAUCAGCAGCAGUCCGUUCCGCUCAUUAGCAGCCCAAUUGGGCCGCCUGUCCAUCGGCGUCUCGAGGACGACGGUGCGCCUCGCCUCGUCCAAGCGCAAGAGGAGAGAACGGAUCGAGCCCGACUUUGUGCCCGGCCAUGGCGAGAAGAUCUGGAUAUUCAGCCAUCUGGUGAACGGGACGACCGUAUACUCUCAUAAUCCCGUCUUAAAGGCCAACAAGGCGCUCCGCCAGCUCCCGUACAACGGCAAGAAGCUGAAGCCCGCCAAGAUCCGCAAGGACUACUGGCGGCCGCUGGCCAUGAUCCAGUUCCCCGAGGGCAUGGGCCACGUCGGCCGGUCCGUCUUCCACAUCAUGCGCGAGUUCCGCCAGGUGCACGACCUGGCCUGGGAGGACAGCAUGUUCCGCGACGACGAGACGAACCGCGUGCUGACCCGCCACGAGCGCGGCGAGAAGCUCAACCGCAGCCAGAAGCCCAACGCCAUCGCCGACAUGGCCGCCGUGCUGGCCGGCGCCGGCAAGGGCAACAAGAUGUGGACCACCGUGGCCGCCGAGACACCCACCAUUGAGGGCGCCGCCGAGACCACCACUGAGCCCCAGCCGGCGGAUCAGAGUGCCGUCUCCCCCAGCGAUCUGGUCCCGACCACCGUGUUCUGGGCGGACGAGCUGGACAAGAACUACGCCAAGCAGUGGCCGACCAACGUCACGCACAGCACCUUUGCGGAUUCGGUCGCUGUGCCUAUCGAAGUGGAGGAGGAGAUAGUACUAGAGGCGGGCGAGAACGGCGAAGAUGGAAAAGCACCAGAAGUGCCAGUGGAACUGGUGGCAGAGGAGCAGGCUCGUCAGAGUGAGCAGCAGCAGCGACCGAGGAAUUAA